AUGGGCGGUUCGAAGGUCGCUACUUCCGACUCUCGGUCGGCCUGCUGCGUCGCGCAGGCUUGUGGGGCGAGUGUACGUUCUGGCAAGUUUGACGCUCAGGGUCCCCAAAGUUCGGACACCUCGCGAAGGCCUUCCGGUUGUCUAAAGUGUCGUGGGGGUGUCCAUGGCCUCUGCCAAUCGCGGGCGGUCGCAUGGAUGAUUGACGGCCUCUCCAGGGGCGCGCUGACCGCUGGCAGGAGAUACUUCAUGGCACCCUCAUCAUCGUCUCGCAGGACACUCGGCAUGACUCCCAUUCACGCCUCUCCCCACUUCGCGAGAGGAGCUUCCCAGUCGUUCUCAGUCGUCAGCACAUCGUUGCAGAGGCGAAUGUGA